AUGUCAGACUCAGGAGCUGGGUCAAGCCGACCCAAACCCGGGUCGGCCUCGUUCGCAAUCUUCCAUCCAGAGAUUGAUGGAUACUUGCACGUCGGCAAGAUCGCGGCAGGCGAUCGAGGUUCUGCCACCUUGGUCCGAUCGCUUGCGGACGGCCAAGUCUAUGUGAGGAAGAACGUCAUGGCAAACCAUGCGUUCGCGAGCAAUGGGGCGUGUCAAGAGGUGGAAUUCUAUCGCCAUUGUUCGCUCCCUCAGUUCCCGAGACUGCUCUGUGCCCAAGCACACCAGGUGUUUGCCGAAGGUGCCCUGAUCGGCCCCGAGUACAAGGGGGCUUCACUCUUCUUUGAAGUCUGCAAUGGACACACCAUGGAGAGGUUGGCCGAUCGGGCAGAUUUCAAACCUUCGACCCUGUUCAUCUGGCGGACCUUCGAUCAACUCCUCGAGAGUUUUGCCCUCCUCCACCGAAAUGGCAUUGCACACACGAAUGCGCACCUCGGCAACAUCUUCCUGCACUUUCCCGACGGAAACGCCAAACUCCCCGAACUCGUCCUGGGUGGAUUCGGAAACACCAAGCUCUUGUCCACGGACAUUUGGAAAGAUCCGAACCGGACCGAGCUCAAGGAUGACUGCGAUGAUCGGAGUAUUCGACCCCUCCUCGAGGACCUCGCCUGGAUCCGUUCAGCCAUGGCUGACUUGUUGUCCCUUUCCGAUCCCACUCUAGACGAAGACCUCGACGAAGAGGACGAUGACGAGGACGCAUUUGACGUCGUGGAGGUAUUGAGAGAGGUGUUGGAUGACACGAUCCAAAAGAACAUUCCUUGGGGGAAACACCCACGAGAGAUCUACCGGAUGUGGUGGCGAUUUGAUGAGAUGAUUCAGGGAAUGCUCGAAAAGGGACUGCAAGGGUAUCAGAAUAUCCACCAAAUUCAUACCGAUGUCGCCAGCAUGAGGCUGCGGGAAGAGACGCGACUGCUCCCUCAGCAGGUCCAGGAUCUGCGUCCGUUGAAGAGAAAAAUGGACCAGUCUGGUCCCUCUUUGAGGUUGAAUCCUAAGCCAAAGCUAUUCAAGUCCAGGACUGAGUUGGAGAGCUACGCGGAGAAGGAAGGAAUUCGAGGACCUUAUCGAAUUGCGAAGAUAGAGACGGACGAUUCCACCGAACAGUACAAUAUCGAAGACUACCAGAUCCACAGCAUUGUCAAAUCCAACAUCAGAAAGAUCAGCAGCAUCGACAUAAUCGACCACGGACUCUUUCACGCCGACAUGUGGCACAUGGACGUACCGGUGUAUGCACAAGAUCUUCUCCCGAUACUCAAGGAACGUCAAAAGUAUGACUGGCGAUCUUGGCCGGAUGUUGUACGGUUGGCUGAUAAACUACUGGAUGGCAUUGAGGUCCGCAAGGAGUCGUUUUGUCCUUUUGGUCGGCGUAGGGAUGCAUUGCACGGUCCAGUGAAUGAAGAUGCGGUCAACAAGUUCUUCCGACCCGACUUUGAGUGGUGCCUGGGACAAACGUACACUCGAUCCGAGACUUAUGAGAUUCUCCAUGGUUCGACGUUGAACUGCAGGAUCGACACCUUGACAAUUGACGAUGACGAUGACGAUGAUAAGAUGUCAAUCACCGCAGAGGACGGUGGACCGGCUGAAACUGUGAGCAAAAGCAAGGGCAAGAAACGCAAGCAGGCAGAAGCUGGAGGAGAAGAAACCGAGUCGUCAGCACCGGUUCCAAAGAAACGUCAGACGAAGAAACGUGAGACCAAGAAACGCAAGUGA